AUGAAAAAUCUAUUUCGAUCACGUCUUCCCUUACCAUUAACUGUAGCUCAGAUAACUAGAUUAUCAAUACAAUCUAGAUUAGCAUUAGAAGAAAUCGAAGACUGGUAUGAUCGUUUCGUUGUUUGUUAUCCUUAUGGUUAUAUUUCAUUUAAAGAAUUUCAGAUUUAUUUAAAACAAUUAAAUAUUUAUAAUGGACAUGAACAAUAUCAAAUAUCAAAACUGAUUAUUAAACAAAUGUUUUAUAUUUUAAAUAAAAAUCAAAGUAAAAAAUUAAAUUUUGAAGAAUUCUUUCAAUUUAAUUUAUUAAUUAAUCAAGAAUCCGAAGAAAAUAAACUUAAAUUUAUUUUCAAAUUAUAUGAUAGACAAACAAAGAUUUAUUAUAAUCAAAAAGAAAUUCAAAGUAUUCUAAUACAUUUGUUUAAUUUAUUGAAUAUUUCUCGAGGAUCACACGAAAUAAUUCAAAUAAUCGAUACUAUUUUAAUUCAUCUACAUUUAAAUAAUCAAAAUAUAAAAAUCUGUUGGAAUACAUUUUGUAAGACUGUUCUUAAUAAACCAUUUUUAUUCAAAUUAUUAUUAUCAUCAAAUAAUGACAACUUUGAUGAAAUAUUGGUAACACGUUUAUAA